GAUAUGUUGACGUCACCUACGUCUGCCGCCAUUGACGAUUUGUGAUCGGCGUUUUCCGGAUAGGAGGGUGUUCGGUUUUUGGGGUAUAGCUAUUUACUAUUCAAAAUAAGGUAAAUUCUUUCCAUGGCCGAUCAGCCGGAAAGACUAAACAUUGACAAUGUGUUGGCUAGACUCCUGGAAGUGCGUGGUUCACGGCCUGGAAAGAACGUGCAACUUUCGGAGAACGAAAUUCGUGGCCUCUGCCUGAAGGGCCGAGAGGUGUUUCUGAGCCAGCCCAUUCUUCUGGAGCUCGAGGCACCGCUCAAGAUAUGUGGAGAUGUACACGGGCAAUACUAUGAUCUGCUGCGUCUGUUCGAGUACGGCGGGUUUCCACCCGAGAGCAACUAUUUGUUCCUAGGAGACUACGUGGAUCGGGGGAGGCAUUCUAUGGAAACCAUCUGCCUCUUACUUUCGUACAAGAUAAAAUAUCCAGAAAAUUUCUUCCUGUUGCGUGGAAACCACGAAUGUGCCUCUAUCAAUCGCAUCUACGGAUUCUAUGAUGAAUGCAAGAGGCGGUACAACAUCAAGCUUUGGAAAACGUUUACAGACUGCUUCAACUGCUUGCCAGUGGCUGCCAUUGUUGAUGAGAAGAUCUUCUGCAUGCAUGGAGGAUUGAGUCCAGAUCUACAGUCGAUGGAGCAGGUGCGACGGAUAAUGCGACCCACGGACGUGCCGGACCAGGGACUCCUGUGUGACCUCCUCUGGUCCGACCCAGACAAGGACAUCAUGGGAUGGGGGGAGAACGACCGCGGCGUCUCCUUCACCUUUGGCGCCGACGUUGUGGCAAAGUUCCUGCACAAGCAUGACCUGGACCUUAUCUGCAGAGCUCACCAGGUUGUGGAAGAUGGUUACGAGUUCUUCGCCAAGAGGCAGCUGGUGACGCUGUUCUCUGCGCCAAAUUAUUGCGGCGAGUUCGACAAUGCCGGUGCCAUGAUGAGUGUAGAUGAAACUCUGAUGUGUUCCUUCCAGAUACUCAAGCCAGCUGACAAGAAGAAAUUCCCAUAUGGAGGCAUUGCAGCAGGAAAGGCUGGGCCAUCAGCACAAGGGGGGAGACAGAAGUAAAAGAAUGCUGCUACCCACGAGGAAGAAAAAUCGGGAGCAACGUUACGCAGCCUCUCCUCACCCUGUCAAAACAAGCAAGCAGCUGCGAAGGCAGUGUGUUCCCCGAGAUGCUGGAUUCCCAAAUGAAAACGCGUCACUGGGGCGGCAACAUUUUUAUCUCCUCCUUUGUCAGAGCUUUCGUAUGUUUUUUGCUUGUUUCCUUCUUGGACUGCCGUCAUCACAUUUUGUCUUUCAAACGGGAACAUGCUCGGGGCCAUUUCUCUCUACUUUUUUUUUUUUUUUUUUGCAAUGGCCGCUAGCAGACUGCGGGCAAGCUCAACUGUGGUAACCAGAGUCGAUUUUUCGGGCGUAACGUCGUAAUAAAGUGCAUGUAUUUAAGAGCGGGUGCAGUUUAAGUUUGGGAUGGCAACAUUGUCUUAAAAGAAAAGCGUGGGUACUUUGAGAGAGAGAGAGAGCGCCCUAGUAGGCAGGUGAAAACUUCGUUUUACGCUACGUGCAUUGUUGUAAUCCCGAUGUAUCGUGUGGGUGCAGUAAUGUGUUGAGACUUGCGCAGCGCCAUGCGUAAUUGCCUGUUGUUCCGUUGCAUGGUGAUUGGUGACAUGCUCAACACUGUCAUAAACGGUUACUUGUAGCGAUCUGUUCAUUUGUGUUUAAUGCUCUAGCACGCAAGGUCUUCCUCUGAGGUGUCACCGUCGGCAACGGGCACAGCUUGGCGGUGAAGGGCCAAGUUGUGAUGUUUACCGAUCUUUUGAGACAGUGUAUUAUCAAGCAUUUAAGGCCACAAGCAACUUUUGGUAGAGGACAUGUACCAUUUUAGGAUGUUCUAGUAAAUGCGGACUGGA